UUAUAAUUUAUCAUUGAUUUUGUUGAAUUGAAAAUACGAGUUUGUUUGUAUAUUGAAGUAUUGUGAAAAAAGUUGUUUUUCCAACAUUGAAUUUGUUUUUUUGUGCAAAACUUUGUAAAAAAUAACAUGGGUGCUCUAGCGAGUAGACAAAAUGCUGGUGUUGAAGAGGCAGAUGUGGUUUCUAAUCAUGCGUACAAAUAUCCACCCAGAUCUGGUAAUUACUUUGGAAGUCAUUUCAUCAUGGGUGGAGAACGGUUUGACACUCCCCAGCCUGAAGCAUACUUGUUUGGAGAGAAUGCAGACUUGAAUUUUCUUGGGAGCAGACCAACUCCUUUUCCAUACCCUCCACCUCAAUCAAACGAACCAACAAAGACAUUGAAAAGUUUAGUAAACAUCAGAAAGGAAUCAUUAAGAUUUGUCCGAUGUCCAGAACCAGUGGGUAAAUUAAAUGAUAACAAGAUUAGUGAUGGAAUGAUCAAAAGUGUAGACUGUAAUGUUAAAGGGACAUAUUACAACAUUGAGUUUACGUUUGACUGUGAUGCUAGAUGUGCUAUCACUGUAUUCUAUUUCUGUACCGAAGAGGUGACUCCGGCUGGUGUUGUGUACUAUCCCAGAGAUCCUACAAUGACUUCACAGACAUAUCAUUACAAGAAAGGUGCCAAUCAGCAGUUUUGUCAGAUCUCACAUGUAUUUGACCCAUCAAAGUAUCCGGAGGAAGACUUGAUAUAUAAUGCAGACAGAGAAAUAAUUCCUAUAGCUAUUUACUGUGUUGUUGACGAAGGACAGGAAGAAAUACGCCAAUCUCAUACUACAAUAGCUAUUAUAGAAAAACAUUCCGAUGGGACAUAUGUUUUAAAAGCAUUGAAGCAAAAGUUAUUUGUUGAUGGAUUAUGUUAUUUGCUACAAGAAAUAUAUGGCAUUGAGAACAAGAAUUUAGAUACAAAGCCUAGUUCUGACGAGGAGACCGAAGACGGUGGUUCUGAAUGCGUGAUAUGUAUGUGCGACGUGCGCGACACGCUGAUACUGCCGUGCAGACACCUCUGCCUGUGCAACUCGUGCGCGGACUCGCUGCGCUACCAGGCCAACAACUGCCCCAUCUGCCGCGCGCCCUUCCGCGCGCUGCUGCAGAUACGAGCGCUGCAGAGACUCGCCGCGCCCGGACUGCUGCCGCCUAACAACCCUACAGAUGGCAGUAUGGAGAACAUCCCCGCGGGGUACGAGCCGGUGUCGCUGCUGGAGGCGCUGAACGGGCCGAGUGCGCGCGCGCGCCCCCCGCCCGCGCCCGCACCCGCCCCCGCCAUCGCCAGCCCCGACACUGAUACUGCCUCACAGGCUGCGGAGAUAUUGAACCGCUGCAACGUGGAGCGCGAGCGCAGCUCCUCCACGAGCUUGGGCAGCGGCGGCAGUCGCAAGGCGCGCCGCGGCUCCAAGGAGGCCCGCCCGCCGCACCAGCCGCUCACUCCGGAGUUCCGCAUGUCCGUGCUGCUGGCGCGCGAGGAGGAGGCGAAGCGCGCGGAGGAGAAGGCGGUGGCGAGCAGCCCGCUGCUCUACAACCACAACGGACUCUCCUCUGACAAACUGUCCAAGUUUGUAUUUGCGCAGAGUUCGUUGAACUCGCACGGAGUGUCGGAGGGCGAGUCCCGCGCGGCGUCGCGCGCCGGCUCCGCCACCUCCGCCUGCGCCUCCGACGACGAGGCCACGCCCACCGCGGGGGCGGAGCCCGACAGCGACGCCGAGCGCCGCUCGCCGCUACUCACGCAGACCGCCCCCACGCUGCCUGUUAAUGGGGUAUUGAAGAACAGCGGGGCCGCACUAAGACUGGCGGCGCCGGCGCUGGCGCACAUCGACGACACCGACACGGAGGAGGCGGACACGGCGCACAACUGUCAGUAUCACACUUGUAUGUCUGUAUUGCGGGACCGGGUGACACGCAUGUUGCUACGCGCAUUGGUGGCGGAAACUCUAACAUUCGUAUGGUCAAAGUGGCCAUAUGUAUAAAGUUAUACCAGAAUAGAAUUUCAUACUUUAUUAAGGUGUCGACUUCUAGUGGAAUAAACCUUUUAAUUUACAGCAUAGUGGCGUUA